CCCAUCCAAUCUUCUAUCUCUUGCUCAAUCAACUGAGUUUAGGACUUUGAACGAACUGAAAAGAGUCUAACAUACUUAACUGUCAAGCUCAUGUAUUUUUGUCCCUUGUCUGUCCGAUUUAAGCAAUUUUUAUCUUAUUGAAUUCUCCCUCUGCAAUGCCAGGAACAAUCCUGGUCUCAGUCCUGGAAUUCAUGGGUCUUCCGUUAUCUUCAACAUCCAUAAAGGUUUCCAUGGGGAAAACAGAGUCCCUCAUCAGCGAGGAGGGAGACUUUUCCUUCCCAUUAGCUAGUCUUCGUGAGGAUCUCAUUAUCAAACUUCAGGAUUCUGAUGGGAAUGAAAUAUCUCGUAUAGGGUUUCAUACGAAGUCAAUAGUUGAGAAAGGUGUUUGGGAAGACAUCUUUGCCCUUGGGCAUGGACACCUGCGUCUGAAGCUGCAGUUCAUCCUCAAUGAUGAAGACCGUGACCGGAUUCGUAUGAUGGUACUGAUAUUGUUCCUCCCUAUAUGCAAGUUUGUUGAGUUUUCUGAAACUUUUCUUAAUAAUAAAGGUUUUGCAGAGACAUCUGCGUUGAAGAAGAAACAUGAUGAGCUUCUCAGUAGCAGUCCCAGGGUUCAGAAAGUGAUAGUGCUUCUGUUGGCAAUGCUGCACUAG